AGGGCGCCAGGCCGCCUCUUUCUGGAGGCCCCAUCGGCACAGCUGCCACGGCAGCGGCCAUGGCGGACGUCGAUGAGAAUCUGCAGGGGGACAUGUUGGACGUCACGCCGAAGAGCCAGGGCCAGCUGCAGAGCCAGCAAGAGAUGCUGGAGGCUAGCGGCAUGGACGUGAGUGCCACUACGCAAUAUUUCGCACAACACUUCUUGGACCAGCCGCACUAUUCCAACAUCUCUGAGAAGUUGUCAGAGAAGUGGCAGAGGUUACAGUCCAUGUCGGCUGCGAUAAGGCUGAUGGAGAGGUAUGGUGUCGUCAUUGACGCUGCCGAGGAGGACAGGAUCGCGAGCCUAGAGGAGUCGCGGCAGCUCGAGGCCCUUGUAAUGAAGAUGCCCCAGGACAGCAAGAGCGAGUUCGAGAAAUUUUUCUUGGAGCUGCAGGUCCUCGUCUCCUUGGCCACGAGGGUGAGACGCGCCCUGGAUUUAGCCAGACCUGCUGACGUGGAGGACGUCCUUCGCGAAGCCGAAAACACGGGCAUCUCCCCGUACAUCAUGCGCAUGGCUGUUGUGCAGGCUGGUGCUGAAGUCUCUUCCCUGAAGAUGCAGCAGAAGCAAUGGGCCAAGGACAUGGCCGUGAAGAUGGGCCAUAACGUCCGUAGUCAGGAAGAUGCGAUGGUGGUGAAGAAGAAGCUCUUGGAAGCCCAGCGGAAGCUCUCGAUCUUCACGGCAGGUCAGAACGAGAAGUCAAAAAAGGUCAUCAUGAACUUCUUGAACAGCAGCAACGACGGUUUGAAGGCUGCUGCCUUCAAAGGUUGGAGUACCUGCACUAAACAAGAAAAACAUGAAAGGGAAAUCGCUGGUGAGUUCAAGGA